CCGUCCGCGUUCAGACCGCGCUCCGCUUUAAGGGACUUUAAGGGGCGCCCUGAAACCGUCCAUCCCCUUGUUUGUGUGUUGAAAUUGAAAGCGUUGAACUCCAUGUUGAAUCAAAGUUGAUAAGUACUUUUUCUAAUGAUUUAUGAUACUCUUAAUCCGUGCUAAAAACAAUGACGAGUACGUAAUCGAAUGGACGCGAUAUGCUUCGUGCGCAGUCUUCCAGGAAGUUCGAGCUUUUGCGUCUGUUAUGUUUAACGCAGUCCGGCGCGCGGGGAAUAUCAGCGAAUAGAAAAGAAGACUUUUCGGCGAAUUUAGGUAACUCGGGAUUGAAACUUGAUGUCAUGGCCAAUCCGUCUUCCAUAAUUACGCAAAUUAGUUGCGAUGAAGAGGCGAACAAGGCGGCCCGCGAAAAGGGCUCCACCUCCUCGGUGUCCAGUAAGAAGCCCAGGAGCCGGGGCCUGUUCUCCAGCCUGCUGUGCUGCCUCUGCAAGGACCCGCCGCAGCCCUUGCCCGUCAACAACAACGCCCCCCUCCUGGUGGAGGAGAACGGGGCCAAGGUCCAAGUCAAGCCGCUGCUGCCUUCAAUCAAAUCUAAGGAUUCCGGAAAGAUCUGCGUUGUUCUGGACCUGGACGAGACGCUUGUCCACAGCUCCUUCAAGCCGGUAAACAACGCUGACUUCAUCAUCCCAGUGGAGAUAGAUGGGACGGUGCACCAGGUGUAUGUGCUGAAGCGCCCCCAUGUGGACGAGUUCCUCAAGAGGAUGGGCGAGCUUUUCGAGUGUGUGCUGUUCACCGCCAGUCUGGCCAAGUACGCCGACCCCGUGUCAGACCUCCUUGACAAGUGGGGGGCCUUCCGCAGUCGCCUGUUCCGGGAGUCUUGCGUCUUCCACCGGGGGAACUACGUGAAGGACCUGAGCCGGCUGGGGCGCGACCUGGACAAGGUCAUCAUCGUGGACAACUCCCCGGCCUCGUACGUCUUCCACCCCGACAACGCGGUGCCUGUGGCGUCAUGGUUCGAGGACAUGUCAGACACGGAGCUGUUGGACCUCAUCCCCUUCUUUGAGCGUCUGAGCAAAGUGGACAAUGUCUACACUUUCCUCAAGCAGCACGGAGCCGAUAGCUAGCAGUGUUAGCUAGCAAAUGUAGCUGGCAACAUAAUCUAGCAAUAUUAGUAUCUCGAUCCUGGAGAGAGAAAAGAAAAUACAUUUCCUAGUACAUCUUUUAGACAACACGAGUUGAAGAUGUGAACAACACGUAUGUGCUCCACACACAUGCCAAUCCCUGAGAGAGUCCUAAAAUCCAAAGUGAACCCUCUUUGACAGUUGGAACUAUUAACGCAGAGGUUUUCACUGUUCCACCACCGCCCCCUGGUAGUGGAAAAACAUAUAUAUCACUGCCACCUCACUCCGCCUUGUCGAAUCCCUUUCGAAACCUGCCACAAACCAGCGGAUAUAAAUGCGUGCGUGGACGUACGAAUGGAUCGACAAGGACAGCGAUCAAUGUCAUCGUUUCUUUGAAAUUCCUAUAAAUUCAAAGUAAGGUGGUAUACCUUUUAAACAGACAGUGGGGUACCUGGACGUUACAAUCCCAUGCGAAUGAAGCACAAAUCCGAAAUACUGGAUUGAUAUAUAGUAAUUCUAUGGACUGGUUAUUGUAGAUUGAAUAGGUGGAUAGGUUGAUUGCGUCAAUGCAAGGGUGAUUGUGGGAUUGGGUGUUCUGUUGACAUUCAAAAUUGAAUUAUUUGUCAAAAUUGUGUUAUUCGUCUUGUUUCCAUCUGUAGUUUUCUUACUUUGUUAGUUUUUUAACAGUCUCUUGUUGUCCUUUGUGUUGGUCAUGUAUGAUAGUAUACUUUUUAGUCAAGCAAAUGUGAUUUCAAUGUAACACUCUUUAAGGAAAAAUAUAUGUGGUCAACAUUUUGUUUGCAAACUUUCCCAAUUUAAAAAAAAAACUAAAGUCUUAACAUCUGUGUCAAAGCUCGAUUCUUAGGAGUUUUGUUGAAUAGCAAUAGGGUUUAUAAAACUCGCUUGACGCCAUAAACUGGACAGCACUUUAUGGAGCUAAUCUGUAGAUCUGUUUUUUGUCGGUUGCACAUGUACUCGUGAGACAGUUUGUUUAUCGCCGUUGUUGACUUCAGCACCAGCAUCAAAAGGAACCGGGUUUCAAUGCGGUUCAGGGUUCUUCUGUCCUAUAGAUAACGAUAGAUAUACAGUCCAAAUGGACACUAACUUAGGCGAUAAUUACACUAAAAGUGCAAUUACUGGGCCAGUACAGUUCAAAGGCUGCAUAAACAAUGUGGCCUUGAUUGUUUUGGAUUGGAAAGGUGUUAAGUUAACAGAUGUUGCAGAUUAAUGAUUCCAGAAAUUAGAGAACUUGAAGGGUCCUGAUGGGUAUCGUAUGACUUUAUACAUGCGUAUAAAUGUAUAUAUAUGUGGGUAAAUCUUUCUGUUCAUGGCUACCAUUGAUUUGGACAUCAGCAGGUAUUUGAUGUGUCACAUGACCGCAAACAAAACUUGAAUUUAAGGACUGCAUUUGAAUGGCAAUCAAAAGAAAGUUGGCUUUUCUUUCACACAAUGCUAAAUCCUUUGUCCCUGUUGUUUUGGUAAAUUAUUCUGAUGAACCUCCUGUAUAUAAUGUUGUGAUUUCUCUCUCACGGUGGUACUCACGGUGGAAACAACUGCAUUCUCACUUUUGGAGCUUUGGGCUGGAUCGCAGACAGGUUUACUGAGUAAAGCCACUACGGUGGCCAGCAAGGACAGAUAUUCAAAAAUGCUCAAACUCAACGAUUAUUGUUCGAUUUCUUUAGCAUGCAAAUUCCUGUCAAUAAUUGUUUUAGUUUUUUUGUAAUGACACUGAUUGUAUUUCAAAUUGUUUGUGACAAAUGGAAAUGUCAUCUUGCAGGCACUCGUUGGUGCCAGUCCAAUAGUCACAAUACAAAAGGUUGCUUCCUGCAUUAAUAUCGAACUGGUGGAUGCCAGCAAGUAUUUAAAAGGAUAGAGAUCAUCAUGUGGAGCACAAGUCCUGCAACUGUGCUUGUGUAUUUUUUUAGGAAAACAUGGCGAUUUUGAAGAGAGGUUUGAUAGUAGAAUUCAUGUACCUCAAAAUCGUACAUCUAAAAAAAGAAAACAGUUUUGACAUUAAGGGGCCCAUUGGCUGUCCGAACUACUCAUCUAAUAUGUUGGUGUAUUUAGUUGUUGCGCAGUAACGACGUUAAUAUAUGGAUCAUUGGUGGUAUCACUGGGACCAUGAUGAAAACCCACCUAACCCUCAUGUUUUUCUGUUAUUUUUCUCUUUUUCAUACCAAAUUGUAUCAAAAGUAAUUUUCUUUUCCAUAAAUUCUAAAUUCCCACAGAAAGUUGCGAUGAUGUGCUUUUACUUUGAAUUCUCUCUGGUGGAUCCGAUCAUGUGAUUUUUUCAAUCACCAAUGGACAUCUCCUGAUUAAUGAACAAUUUAUACAAAAAGGGUUAGAGUUCAUCACAUGCCGACAUCAGAUAUUGGAAGAGACAUUUAGCUUUCGGAAAUUGAUACAUAGCAAUAAAGAUCCUUAAAUUCGU